UUUGACAAGUCCUACACGUCAGAAUAUUUUAUUCAAAAAAUGGAGUCACACCUUAUUUGUGAGCCCCAUAGUAGCAACUUGAUGCGCGUUUUGCGCCUCAUUUUAAACAAACCGGAGGCUCCAUUCCUCCCGUCUGAAUAUUUAAACGAAAUGAAAAUGAGUCUGGACGAACGCCUUGAAAGUCUCUCAAAAACCCGCAAAAACAGGCUUUUGCCCCAAUCUAGCCCCUUUCUAGCAACCCCCGAUUUAAUAAUCUUCCAGAAUUUCCAGCUUGGGAAAAGCUACAGUGCUAACUUAACCCUCCAAAAUAAAGAACAAUCUUCCAGAUGCGUGCAAAUUCGCUUUGAACCCACCAUUCAUUUCAAACUCUCGCACCCUUCGAAAGUCGUCUGGACCAAAGUAGCUCCCGGCAUGACCUACCAAUUAACAAUCACGUUCGUUUCUGAUGAAUUCAAAGACUACGAGCACGAAAUUAAUUUUAUAACGGAAGAGGAACAAUUCACAAUUCCAAUUUUCGCGUUCCGUCCGAGACAUUUGAUCGAUUUCCCCGACGUUAUUACCCUCCCAAACGUCCCCAUAAAAGUAACGGCUGAAAAAACCAUAGUCUUGCACAACCGUGGCUUUGAGGGGGGCACAUUUAAUUUGAUUCCAAGCGCGGGGUGCUGGGUGUGCCCCCGAAAGGGGUGUCUGGCCCCCGACGAGAAAAUUUUCGUCAAAAUCAAGCAAAAAACCCAGCUUCAAGGGGUGGAAAAAGGCGAGAUUGUGGCAAAAUGUGACGAUGUGGUGUUGAAAAUCGGGGUCGAAUGCAACGCCGUUCCGUCAACGAUUGUCUUUGAAAACAAUUCCAUCAAUUUUGAGGACACCUUCGUGGGGCUGCAACGCUUCGUUGUGGUACCACUGGAGUACCACGCCGUCGGGUUAGGUUUUUUCAAAUGGAAGAAAUACAAGAGUUGCGAUUUGGAAAAGGAGCGCUUGGCACAACUCAAAUACGUGUUUGAGCAAGUCCGUGACUGCGAAACACUCAAAAACGUGCCCCUAACUCGCAGGAAAAUCAUAGAUGAUGAGGGACAUGCGUUGGUCUACGACCGCAUCUUGAACGACCAGAUCGAGGAAGUCCAAGAGGAGGAGUUUCUCUACCAGAGUUCAAAUUUUACGAUAAUCCCACCGAGCGGCGACCUGGGCCUGAACGGUGUUGUGGAAUUCACUGUGAUUUUCUCGCCCAGUCGUUGCGAGCCGUUCGAAGACGUGGCCUAUUUGGAGAUUUCGGGAAUUGAAGAACGACUCGAAUUGAAAUUGCAAGGGACGGGCUUGGGGCCCGAAUUCAGACUGAAUGUGGCGCACCUUGACGCCAACAACAUCUUCCUGCGUUCGGUCCACGACUACGAAAUCAUCGUCGCAAACACGGGCCACAUUCCGGGCUCCCUUAGCUACAUUGACAAGAAACUCGAGUUCGGGGGCAGAAUUAGGUGCAUUCCGGACACCCUGCACGUCAAUGCGGACCACUACGCCGCCUUCACCGUCUCCUUCACGCCGGGGGAGGAGGGAAAGUUCGUGGAAAAAGUCGAGUUCCUCGUUAACGAAUCGCAAGAAACCGUCCAUUUCAUAAUGACCGGCAACGUUGUGGCCCCGCUUUUAAGCCUAGACCUUGACGAAAUUGAUUUCGGGGUCGUGGCCCUGGGGUACCGGAAGUCGCUCGAAGUGGUGCUUCGGAACACAUCGCCGGUGCCCAUCCAGUACCACAUCGAAAUCAGCGGUGAUGGGUACCAGCCGCCCAUCGAUUGCGGUUCCUACUCGCAAGAGUCCUUGUUCCCGCUUUUCCCCCAGGAGUUUCGCUUUCAGCCACUGGAUGGGGUCGUGGAACCUAACUCGAGCGUCGUUGGAACAUUGAGUCUUUUGCCAAACACCAGGAGACAACUCAAGACUGAAUUCGUGGUGCAUAUGUGGGGCUCGAAGAAUUAUUGUAUUUCGGUGCCUUUGAAAUAUGACUGUCGGGUGGCCGAUAUUGUUUGUGUGCCGCCUUUGGUCGAUAUAAAGUUUUGCUUUAUUAAUUAUAUCUAUGACAGGGUAAUAACGCUCAAGAAUAAAAGUGACUUGCCUUGUCAUUUCAGGCUAAAGUCGGGUGGUGUUGACGGAAUUAAUUUCUUGUACACCAAGAACCAAACCGUCUGUUUCCAGAAAGACGAAGGGUUGAUUGUUGAAGUCACGGUGCCCAAAAACUACAUACCGCCUUGGGGCGAAGUCAAAAUCAAGCUGAAAAUACAAACGCCCCUGCUAGGAACACAAGAAAUUCCCUUAGUUUUCAAUAUUUUUGGCAAAGGCCCGACCAGCUUAUGCAAAAUCAUUUGCAACGGCCAAGGCCCAGCGAUUUGCUUCAUUCCCCCAAGCCUCAAUUUCGGAAAAGUGACUUUGCUUGAGGAAGUAACGCAAGAAAUUGAAAUCGUGAACGAUACACCAAUUGUGGCAAUGAUCAAUUUCUCUUUCUCCGGACACAAUGCCUUCAGCCUGAAAGAGGACGUCAAGGUGAUUCGUCCAAACAGCAAAGAAACUUUCGAAAUCUCCGUCCACUUGAAAAACCCAGGCAAACACACGCAAGAACUGAUCGCCGAAGUGGUCAACGGCCAAGAAAUGACUGUAGAAUUGUCAGCUUUUGGCGAAGGCACCAGUAUUAGUUGCGCCCCGAAACUGGAGCCCAAACUGGACUUGGGCACGCUUCUCACCCACAAAAAAUUCUCAUUUCCUAUAGUGUUGCGGAAUGAGGGUUCCCGUUGGCACAAAUUGUGGUUUUCGAGGAGCGAUGAUUUGAAAAUUGCGAAGCAAAGCACAAACUCGUCGGCCGGUUUAAGUUCGUGGUUUAAAAUCACGCCCAAUUAUUUUCAUUUAAUGACGAACGAGUUUGUGGAGAUUAAGGUGUCGGGGUCGAGGAAGGAGCAAGGAUACGUUUGUGAACAUUUUUAUUGUCAUGCUGUUAUCGAGAAGUCGCAUCAGAAACAUAUCAUUUUUUCGUUUGAUGUUAUUGCCAAGUUUGUCGAUCCUAAUGUGGUGCUCAGUAAAUCUGAGCUUAAUUUUAGUUUGGAUGUGACGUCGGAUCGCGUUAUUUGCAAUUUAAGAGACAAAAUCCAGAUCAGCAACGAGUCUGGUUUAACCCUCGACAUAGACCUAGUCCUCCCACCCCCAUUCUACAUCGUUAUGGAUGACAAAGCCAUUGGCCACUUAUACCUAAAAUUGAACCAUUUAUCCCACCGUAAAGUUUUCGUCGAAUUUCAACCCCCACCCCACCCCAAACGUUGCAUGUCCUGGAGCGACUAUUUCUUCAUAAAUUAUCGAGACCACCCGAAAGUCGAUAAAAUCCCCGUCCGUGGCGUCACCAACUACCCCACCCUCUCAAUCAACCCCCGAAACGUCGAUUUCGGCUGCGUCCCACUUGGCUCCUCCACCUACCGUGCAGUGGUCCUAAAAAACACCAGCCCCCUCCCAGUCAUCUUCAAAUGGGUGUUCCUUGAAGAUAUCUACGAACGGAAAUUCGAAAACACUGUCAUUCCUUCAACCCCGGAAAUUUCCAGAGUCCACCUCCCCGGAAGUGACAACCCGCCCAUAAUUACACCUAGCCAAGAGUCGCACCAAAGCACCGACACGUGCUUCAUUGAUAGUAAACUCCGGGACAUGCUUUACUCCCUUUUAGAGGACCUCCCGGAGGACGAGUCGAAAAAAACGUUCCUCCGGUUUCUACCACGUACCAAAAUCCAGUCAAAAUUCUCCCGGAUUUUUAGCAUCAUUCCGCACGAAGGGUGCUUAGAACCGGAUGAGUUUAUUAUAAUUUAUUUCCGGUUCACUCCGGAGGAUAAUAGCGAAGUUAGCGCAACGGUGCAUUGUCACAUUGUCGGAGGAGCAAACGAACCGGUUGUUUUGACCGGAAAAUCCAAACAAAUCUCCUAUUUUCUCAAAGAUAAUUUCGUCGAUUUGGGUAAAUUGUACUUUUAUGAAGCGGGCGAAAACGAGGCGGGUUUGGUCAAUGAUGGGGAAGGAAAGUUCACUUUUACCGUCUCCGGGGCGAGUUUACCGUCCGGUUGGUUGACCAUUGAACCGGAAAGUGCCACCGUACCGCCCGGCGAGACUUUUCCGCUCACUUUGAAAUGUUUCCCGGGCUCUGUUGGCCGUUUUGAGACGAGUUUUAACGUCCAAGUGGACUAUUUGGAGCCGGCAAGUGUCACAGUUUGUGGCUUUGGGGUUUACCCACAGAUUUACUUCACUUUACCACGCCCGGAUUUAGACAAAAUUGAGCCCUUUAUCACGUAUUCGGCAAUCGCAGAGUUGGAAAACGCCAGUCACAAGUGCGAAUGCGCUGAUGAUUAUCUACCACAAGCUGAUAGAAACAUCCUGGAGGAUGAAGGCUGGGUCAUAAUCUCGCUCGUUGAUGAUUUCUACCCUUGUACCAUGGAAAUCGAGCUUUCCAUUGAACGGAUCUGGGCCAAGUACCAGCUUUUGGACGAGCAAAGCAUCCUCGGGAAGCUGGUCACGGGCGAAAAAUUCUGGCCCAUUCCGAAUUUUAUUGUUUGUCCGUAUGUUUACGACAUGGGGUGUGUGCAGAUUAACACGACGACGCUCUACACUUUGAAUUAUGUUAAUUACGGUCCUGGAAGGACAGUUUUGAAGACACAACCGUCGGCCACGUUUGCCAAAAACGGAUUCGACUCACAUUUUGCCAAACACAUGAUUGAGAAAAAUCGUGUCUCAGAAAUACAUUUCUCGUUCCAUCCAACGGUUGAGACGUAUCCAGAACUGAAUACGAAAAUCACCGAAUUUAUUUACGUUGAUUUGAGGAACGGGCCGCGGAUUCCCAUCCAGUUGGCGGUGUUGGUUGCGACCCCAACUGUUGAAGUUUCGGACGAGGAAGUUGAUUUUGGGUCGAUUAGGUGCGGGGAUUGUUCCCGCAAGACCAUCAAUAUUAUUAACAACGGUCAUUUGACUAGUAAUUGGACUGCGGUUAUCGAAGAAACGAUCAAAAAAUCCAAAACUUCGUUCUUUCUUUUGGUACAGGGAGGUUCGCUCGAACCGGGAGAAAAAUUCUAUCUCCGGAUUUAUUUCGAACCGCAUUAUGAUGAAUUCAUAAAUGCGGAACUCAAAAUUAUGGUUGAAGGCAAUUUUAGGGAGACUUUGGUACAGUUAAAAGGGAUCGGAAUGGAGCCGUAUUUAGAAAUUUUUGACGAAAAAAUUAUUUUUGACCCGAACAUUCCUUACUCGAAUGAUAAUCACAAAUAUGUGACUGUGAAAAAUGCAUCGAAAUUUCCGGUCGAAUUCUUCUUUCCGGACUUUGAUACAAAAAUUUUCCAGGAGGAAGCCCUAGUUCGCUCCUUUAUCCUCAGUAAUGGUUUGAGUAAAGUCUAUUUCGACUACCGAGCCCCCGGGGAGGCUCUGCCCCCCAUGUUUGGCACCAAUUACAAUUUACUACACGAACCCGAAAUUAAAAUAUCCAAAGAAAAAAACUGGAUGAGAAGGAGAAGCAGAAGUCGAGCUUCGUCCGAAACUUGGGAAACUACGCCGAAAGCUGAAGCUUCGGUUGCAAAUUUGUCUAAACGAACAAAGCGGGAAAGUCGCCUCCAAAGACACGACACUGAGCCGAAAAUCGUCGCUGAUCGGGAGAAACAACACGAGGAUCCUCCCGCUAAAGGAUUUUUGAUUGUGUUUCACGGAGCUCCACUUUCAAACUAUGUCAGGUCGGCUCAUGAGACCGGAAAACGGUUGCAAUUACCGGUCUAUUCACUCGAUCGACUUAUCAUUGAAGGUCUUCUUUCUAAUUCAACCGACGCUGCAAAGCAAGUCAAUGAAAUAAUCAACGAAGCUUUCGCUGACGUUGCAACAGAUGAGGAGCUUGAAAGCCCUCUAAAUGAAGACGGUUAUGAUUUUAUUUUGCGCAAAGUCUCAAUUUUGUUAGAAGGUCGUAAGAAAAGAAAGAAACCAAAGAAACCCAAAAAAGAAAAAAAGAAGAAAGGCUCGGGCAAAAGCUCGAAAAAGUCGAGCAAAAGUAGCAAAAAAUCGAACAAAAGUAGCAAAAAAUCAAAUAAAAGUAGCAAAAAAUCGAGUAAAAGUAGCAAAAAAUCGAGCAAGAGUAGUAAAAGUACCGCCAAAAGCUCCAAAAAGAGCACUAGCAAAAGUAGCAAAUCGAAAAAAUCCUCGUCAAAAAAGUCUUCAAAAAGUGGAAGUGCCAAAAGCAAAAAGAAGAAACAAGUCGUUACUGACACUUUGUUGAAAAUCUCUGAACAAGUGUUUUGCCACAUUUUGGAGGAGAGUUUGGCAAAAUUUACGUCAGGUUUAGUUCUCGAAAGUCUAUCUAGCAAAUUUUUGCGGAAAACUUUAGUGGCCUUAAACUGUGUCUUACAUAUGGCCAAAAAUGUGGACGCGGUUUUUUUCGUGAUUUUUUCCUGCACUUUCAACGAAUAUCUAGAGCUGGAAAAUGAGAAAGCGAAGGAGAAAAAAGAGAGUCUUGUCAAGGUUUUGAGCCAAAUUAUGUUAAGCUUGGACGAUAUGGACCCUGAAGAAUUUGAAAAAGUCAAAAUUGAACAUCCUGACAUUUACCACAAUUAUAUAAAGCAACGGAAAGACGAAAUAAUUAAACGACGAGAAAUGAUCAAAGCACGCAAGUUGGCAAAGCUCAAAGCCCAAAGCCAAGUUUUGGUCACAGACGAAGACAAAAAGAAAAAAUCUAAGACACGGAUCAAAGAAAAAGAAAAAAAGACUGGUAGUAAGAAUGGGUCGAGUAAAGCUUCGAGUAAAUCAACCAAGACGAAAAAAUCGUCCAAAUCAUCGAAAAAAUCAAAGAAAAGCAAACGCUCCUCGAAGAAAAGCAAAACUUCGUCCAAAAAAUCGCGUAAAUCGUCGCGCAAAUCGUCCAAAGAACGCAAAAAAAGAAAGCUGACAAAAGAACAACUGGAAGUUAAAGCCACGCUUGACACUUUCGAGAACACGCUACACGAAAUUUUGCACACUUUGGAGUUUUGGGAUGUGAAGAACGGCCACGUGGUCAAGCCGUUCGCCAAAGUGGAAAAGCAAACCAAAAAGAAGAAAACCAAACAUUCGGCCCGAAGUUUACUAACUUCGGACAGCUCACAACGAAGCAAUCUUAGCAAAACACCAAGUGAUGACGUUGGCAUUCCCUGUUGGUUGAUAAACCGUGCUUUACAAAAUGAGAAAUUUGAAGAUCUCGUACCGGUUUUUAUGAGAACGACUGUAAACGAAGAGGUGGCACAUGAAAAACAGCUUAUUUACGAAUUUAGGGAAAAUUCCCUAAUGCAGUCGGUUUUGCCCAAACCCAAAGUACGGUCAGUGCGGAAAACCGAAGUUUUCCGUAUUAUUGACUAUGAGGAAACGGCCGGGGGCGACGGUGGGUCUGAGAGUGAAGGGACUAAAAAAUGGGGCUCUAAGGGUAGUCUAAGCGGUAAAAAACGCAAGUCAAGUAGACUCCGAAGUUUGCUGACUAUGAACGAAACUUCCCGCGAAAAAGGAGAAGUUUUCACUUCCAGGGCUGUACUACAGGCCGGCCAAAGCAGGAAAUACCGUAUCAGUUUUCUGCCAAAAUCAGUCGGGAAUUACAAACACACGUUCGAAAUCGGUGUCAUAGGCUGGCCGGUGAAAUUUUCAAUCACUUGUAUUGCCGUCUGUGACAUCCCGCGGAUCGACACCGACCCGUAUUUUCUUUUCGGAAAAGUGGUGGAGUACCGAACUGAACGCAACAAAUACCAACACUGCGUUUUCGUCAAAAGUACAAACACGUACGAGUUUGGGGGAAUCCUGCUGCCCAAUGCGGCAACCAACAGUUCAUUUGAAGCGCGCACUUUCUUCUCCCUGAACAAUGUUAGUCGGAUUCCUGCCGACGUCCAAUUUUCCAUCCAAAACGAUUCUCCGGCGUUUUUGCACAAACCUGACUCGCAUAUAAUCGAACCGAAGGACCGGAGAGAGUUGGAAAUGAUUGCGGCACCGCUUGAGGAAAAAAUCUACGAGGAUUUCCUCGUUUUGUCGAUUAAAAAUAAUCCACAAAUAGCCAAAAUCAAUCUGUCGUGUUUCGGCUGCGAGAUUGCAAUUGAUGUAAACCCAAAACACGUGCUGUUUGAAAGAGUCACGCUUGAAAUUUCCUUGACUAAGGAUAUAAUCAUCACGAAUAAUACGCCAGUUGAGGUGACUUGGUAUUUUGUGAAUUGUCACAAAGUUUUGGAAAAUUUCAAAAUUUGUAAUUUUGGUGGGAAAAUUCCCCCGUUUUCGUUUCGAACCUCGACUGUUGAAUUUACAGCCAAGGAGAUGGAAGUCCACUGUUCCAGCUUCCAGGUCAAUAUUUACGACAAUUUGUCUCGUUUAGUUUACUGUACUGAUGUAAUGGUUUCGGCUGAAACCACAGCGCUUGACUUUAGCUACGACAAUGAGCUUAAUUAUGGCGAAAUAAAAGGGGGAAAGUCCCACAAAAUCCACUUCAAAAUUAUGAAUAAAGGCCGAUACGAAAUCCUCUGCGCAUUUAAUAAAAUUAUUGACGAUAAUAAAGAACAAGAAAGCGAGCGGAAAUGCUUCGAGAUUCACCCUGUGGAAGGCAAACUCUUAUCAAAUGUGCCAUUUGAGGCUGAGAUUAUUUUUACCCCGAAAAAAGUUAUGACCUUGGAAAAACUAGCCGUGUUCAAAUGUUCCCUCAUCGACCCAUUUCAUCAAGUCCUUCUGAAAACUUUCGAUAUUUACGUUUCAGCCAAAGUUUUCCUCUCGAAAUUUAUCAUGUGUCCGUACCCCGAAAUUUAUUUCGGGUACCAAACGGUGGGUUCGGAGAGAAUACACACUUUUCAGAUUUUGAACAAGGGCAAGUUUGAUUUUAAUUAUACGAUCAAAAGUUUGCACGAAAAAGCCGAAAAGAAGAAGAGGAAAGGCAAAAAAGGUAAAAAAUCGAAAAGUGGUUCCAAGAGCACCAAGAGCACAAAGUCGAAGAAAAGUAGCAAGAAAUCAAAGUCUAGUAAAAAAUCAAAGUCGAGUAAAAAAUCGAAGUCUAGCAAAAAAUCAAAAUCAAGCAAGAAAUCAAAGUCUAGCAAAAAAUCAAAGUCGAGCAAAAAAUCAAAAUCUAGCAAAAAAUCGAAAUCUAGCAAGAAAAAAGAUAAAAAGAAAAAAGUAAAGAAAACGACGCUAAAAUUUGGGAUUUUCUCCCUGACCUCGUCCACAGGGGUUGUAGACCCGAACGAGGAGGCAAUCAUUGAAGUUCACUCGAAACCAACCGAAGCCAGAGAAUACGAAGAAACGAUUCUGGUUUCAGUGAGUGAACCAUCACCCAGCGAUCGUCACGGAAAGUUACUCAAAGUCCACGUAAUUGCGUGCGAACCCAAAAUCAAUUUCGACGAUUUAUCCACGAUUUUCAAAGAGCAAUACGUUGUGGAAAAAAUCGACGAUUUUCUUCUCUCCGGAAACACCGACAACCGGGUGAUUUUCUCCAAAUCGGAGAAAAAGCUCUACUUUAGCAAAGUUUGUGUCAACACGACUGAAACCACAAGAAUCCGCAUUCAGAACAUUGGCCACGUUUCAGCCCUUGUUACUGCCAGGUUCAACCAAUCUGGUCACAUAUUUACGGUCACUCCGGAGUCGUUCUCCAUUGAUCCGUAUCAGACGGCGAACGUUUUGAUUGUUUUCACCCCGAAUUCGCUCGAUGAGCACCGUUCGGUGCUAACUUUCGAAAGUCGCGGUUUUAACAUCGUCGAUCGUUUGGUGAUUGAGGUGGUGGGUGAGGCGUGUGUCCCGGAAGUGGCGCUUUUGGACCCGGAACCGGACGAAACCGGAUUUUAUGCCAUGAAUUUCGUCCCAACUUUGGUCGGCGAAAGCUGCUACCGGAGUUUGAUUUUCAAAAAUGUUGGAGUUAUUUCGUGUAAAGCGAUAGUUGAAGUGUGUUUCGAUGAUGACGACCAGUUGAGUUUGGUUCCGGGUGAGGAAACUUUGCCUCGUCUGAACUUGUGGGAGGCCGGGACGCCGAUGCGACACACAAAUUUGGUCAAUUUGGAGUGCCAACAAGUGGCGAAAUUUCGGCUCAAGUUCGAGCCUUCGAAAGUCGGGACUUGUAAACCGGAAGUUAAGAUUCACACUGUUAAUAACCCUUUUGAGACAAAAACUAUUCAUGUUUUCUGUGAUGGGUACUAUAAGGAUGUGACUCUGGAUGGGCUUAGGAGCUACUCCAGGAGCUCAUCGAUUGUGUCCCUGGAAACAAUUCCAGCCCUGGGCUACUCCCUACAGUUCGGUCACGUCCCACUUAACACCAUCGAAAAAACAUGUUUCUUGAUCCGGAACAAUUCCGAUUAUUUUACCUACAAAUUCGAAUUCCCCACUUUCAGCGAAGUGAUUUUCUCCCCAGCUGUGGGCCAUAUCAGGCCCAAAACCAACAAACAAAUCCUAGCUGUGUUCCUUUCCAAAAAUCCAGUCGAAUUGAACGAGUCACGAAUCGAGUGCCGAGUUUACAAGAUUGAAUAUUCGGAACCACAAACGGCCCUUUUAUCGUGGGACGACCGCCAGAAUUUGGUAGUUUGGUGUCCAGAAACGGUCCAAAGUGACCACAUUUUUGACAACAAGAGCGAACCAUCGGCCAGUGAAAGCCGAGAAGGUUCAGUGUCAGCCACAAAUGAUGACAAUGCGAUCAGUGCCAAAAAAAUUGAAGAAAAGCGAGAACCCGAAAUAAGGGUUGUGCCAAAUUCGUUCCAAAACAUUGCACUUUUCGUCAGUGUGGUCGCAGAUUUUGCUGAAUUUUUAUGCGAUGUUAAUGAAAUUCAAAUUCCUGAUACGUUUCUCCUGAAUAAAAGUUCGGUUGAUUUUGUUGUCGAAAAUGUGAGUAAAGUGGCUUUUACACUUGUGUGGGAUUUGUCGAUGCAUGAUGUUCCGAAACGAAUCAAUUCGGGGAGUUUUGACGACUCGGAGGUGAAUUUUCUGCCGCCGAUCACAAAACGACAGCCGACGCCUUUAUUUGGCAAAGAGCAUUUCAUGCACGAAGACAAAGCUCGCGCUUCCUCAGCUUCGACUUUAUUCAGCUGUGAGAGCUUGAAAUCGAACCGAAGUGGUGACUCCUGGAACGAAUUUCACUCUUUACCUUUCACAAUAAGCCCCGAAAAAACCACAAUUAAACCCGAGUCAAAACACACUUUUACUGUAACUUUCGCCCCCGUUGACGUCUUCGAUUACGUGAUCCAACUCAAAAGUUGCAUCGAAAAUAAAGAACCGAAAGCCAAAGACAUCGAAAUCGAAGUCAAAGCUCGCAGCAUCCUCCCAGUUUACUGCUUCGAACUGGACGAAAGCAACUACGUGGUGGAAAAACGCCGAGGGCGAAAAAUGUGCAACGACCUCCUCGACGAAAACACAAAAGUUGUAGAGUUUGAAUCGGUCGGUUUGGGAAUUAUUUGCACAAAAAAAUUCCUGCUGAAAAACCCAACCAAGGAAGCUUUCUUCUACACGUGGACCCUUGGCCACGCUGUCAACCCCCACCUCUCCUGCUUCCACUGCCACACCCAGAACGGCGUCGUCUCCAAAGGCAAAGCCGUCGAAAUGGUUUUUAGUUUCAUCCCGCAAGAGUGUGGCACUUUCGAGGAGUUUUAUUUUUUUGCAAUUCCGCUGCACAACAUUCGGGUCACUUUCCUCCUCGUUGGGUUUGCACGCGAACCCAGGAUUUAUUUCGACCAAAACCACCUAGCCCUAGCCCCCACUUUGGUGGGGGUCGAUGUACACAAAAGUCUCCUAUUGAAAAAUGACGAGAACGAGAAAUAUUGGUUCAAGUUUGGGAAAUUUUCGAUGCUGACGGAAGGCCUGGUUGUGGAGCCCCUGAGUGGGGUCCUGGCCCCCCGAGAGCAACUCCCCAUAAGGUUUUCCCUCAAGCCAAAAAGGCAAGGUUUGGUCAACUUCGACUUUAAGGUUUUUGUUGAAAGGAUCAAAAAUCCGCUUGAGGUGAGUAUUUCGUGCCAGGUUUACGAAGUCGAAGCUUCGAUCUCGUACGUGGACCAGAACGGCAAGGAAAUGCAUCUCAAUUCGGGAAAAAUCAAUGUUAUAAAUAUGGGAGCUAUGAUCCCCCACCAAAAAUACAAAGUUCCUUUUACGAUAAUAAACAUUGGAAAAACGGCAUUUGAGUGGUAUUGGGCGCCACAUAUUCAAAAAAUUGCAGGUCUUUUUGAUAUAAUUUUCGAGACAAACGGUGAAGUUCUACCGGCUGGUGAAACACUGAAGACUGAAAUGACGAUCAUUCCUUUGAUUAAAACUAGCAUGAAACCGCAUAAAAUCGUCUUGAGGAUCGCUUAUGGUCCCUCGUACUGUCUCCAAUUGAACGGAAGUGCCGGGAAACCCCCCUUCAAACUAUCAUUUACCGAAUAUGACUUUGGUCCCUGUUUGCUGCAAAAAUCGCCAACUAAAUAUUACAAAACCGUUCUCAAAUUUUUGAAUCUUAAUGUUUGGCCCAUGACUUUUGAGAAAGGCAAACAUUCGGUCCAUUUAUCCACAAAUUUUGAGUCUGGAGAAGUCGGUCCUAGAGAGGAAAAACUCGUCACAAUUUAUUUCCAUCCCCUUAUAUUAGGGGACCAUAAUAUUGAAUUACCGUUCUAUGUGAAUGGUAAAAAGACCCAUGUGAAUAUUAUGGGCAAAGCUGUGCCCCUGAAAUUGGCUUUUAUCAACCAAACUGAUAAAUUUGUCGAUUUUGGGUCGGUUCUCGUUGGUAAAACUUGCACAAAAACGGUGCGAGUUUUAAACGAGAGUGAGUGUCCAGUCAAUGUUUUGUUUGAUUUUUGGGACCGCUUGCCCAAGAAAGCGGCCAAGGAAACGCCGGAUGAGAGUCUGGAAAUGCCCAAAGAGGAGGCGAAGAAACGUAAGAAAGGGAGUAAAAAGGGGAGUAAAAAGGGGAGUAAAAAAGGGAGUAAAAAGGGGAGUAAGAAAGGGAGCAAAAAAGGGAGUAAAGGUAGCAAGAAAAAGAAAGGGAGUAAAUCAACCAAAAGUUCGAAGAAGAGUAAGAAAGCAAGCGUCAAAACAAAAACUAGCAAGAAGAGUAAGAAAUCGAAGAAAAGUAAAAAAACAAAGAAGAGUAAAAGUAGCAAAAGUAGCAAAAAAUCGAAAAAGUCCGCUAAAACAAUCCCAGAGGAAACAACACCUCAAAAAAUCGAAAAGCAAGGCAUUGACUACAUGACCGUUAGUCCUCAAAAAUACAUCAAGCUGGGUCCUCAAAAAACAACCGAAUUCACAAUUACGUUCAGUCCGAAAGAACGUGUCCAACCUUUUGUUGAAAAAAUUUACUACCGGAGUCAGAGCUACAUCGACGCCUUUUGCAUAGUUCGGGGCGAUGCCGUGGCCCCGGAAAUCUCCCUAGAUAGACAACACCUGACCUUUGGUAACGUUGUUGUCAAUUUUGAACGCAUGAUGAACGUCGUUUUGAAAAACACGGGCGAUAUCAACUUGAAGUUCAACUGGUUGUUGGAUAAAAAAGAAGAGAACUUUUCCAUUACCCCAAAGAAGGGUUUCAUCCUGGCGGGCACGAACCUAAUUUUCAGCGUUUUUUUCAAACCGAAAACCGUCAAAUGUUGGAUCAAAUCAAAGCUAAUUUGCCACAUUUCAAACAUCGAUAAGCAACUAGAGUUGGCCGUUUCGGGGUCUUGUAUCAAUCUACCGCCCCCGAAAGCUACGAUUUUAUUUGCUUGCCCAGUUCGGCUCUCCGAUACUAAAAGUUUCGCGAUUUCAAAUCCGACGAAUCAAGUGUGGGAAAUCCAGCCUAACAUUUCUGGGGAUAAUUGUUUUAAAACGUCGGAAAUCAUCCGGAUUCCGGCCAAACACGACGAUAAAUGCGAAAUUGUCUACUCUCCUAUGACUUUGCACGAGCAUAACGCGUUACUUUCGCUCCCAAUGCCUGAUGGGUUAAUAGUGACUUACAAUCUCAAGGGAAAAACCAAUCCCCCGCUUCCUGCGGGACAAAUAAGGCGUGAAAUCGUCUGCAAAGUGCCGCAUAUUGAGCAACUUCCAGUUACCAAUUGGUUACUGGUCAAGCAACAGUUUCAUGUUUCGACAGUGAUGACUGGUCGAAUCACCCCCAAGAAUUUGUUCUCGAUUGGAGGCAACGCCCUAAUAGACGUUCCCCCGAACGGUACACGACCGUACGAUUGGAGCAUCACUCCAAUAAAUGAGGGAGAACUAAAUUUGAAAGUCACUUUCACUAACAAAGCCACGCUGGAGUAUCUCUUCUACGAAAUCGCGCUAAAAGUUCUCCCCAACAAGCACUUAGAUUCGAUCGAACUGUCGACUUGUGCCCGCAUUCCGGUCAGUAAAUUGAUCAAAUUGGAAAAUCCGGUCAAUGUUCCGGUGGUGUAUCACAUGACGUGCCCCAAAGAAAACAUAUCGUUUGAAAAAACAGUCACUUUGGAACCCCACUCUGUGUAUUAUCUCGAACUGAGCUACAAACCUGUACGUGAAGAACAAACGCAGACUUCUUUCGAAGCCACGAGCAAAGAACUAGGGACGUAUUCUUACAAUUUAAUUUUGUCGGUUCAUGCUCCAGUGCCUGAACCCGCCACAAUUUUCAAGACUUGUCUGGGACAGAAAAUAACACAAAAGAUUGAAGUUGUGGCAACGAGAGGCUCCCACUUCCAAUUUGAUAAUCCUGUUUUUUCCUUGGAUAAAGUGGCAGAUGACCGAAGUCUCGUAAUUAACUUUGAACCGAACCAAAUCGGGAAGUUCCAAAGCCAAUUGCUCCUGAAAUCGAACGAGUUGGGGGACUUUAUUUAUCCAUUAAUUGGUGAAAGUUGCGCCCCAAAGCCUCAAGGACCUUAUCUUUUGACUUACGUAAACCCUGUCUCAAUCACUUUCAAAAACCCAUUUUCGGUGGAGAAAAUGUUUUAUUUUCGGGCCGAACCGAAGGAUUUCAGAGUUAAACUGAAAAGUGAAAUAAUUGUGGCGAAAAAGACGAUGAAAGUUGCUGUUAAUUUGAUAACACAGAGGACCCAGGAGACACCCAAGUAUCCCAUAACGGGAAAAAUGACCAUUUAUUGUAACGAGCCUGAAAUUUCGUGGGUCUAUUAUUUAAAGGAAGAUAUUGAAUAAAUGGUUUAAAAAAUA